AUGGAGCACAAUGUGGAUCACAAUGGCGACUUGAAGGUUCAAGUACAGAGCGAACAGGAGAUCUUCGAACUCUCCACCUUUUUCACUGAGACGCCAGCAAACAAGGCCGCGCCUCGAACCAUUCUGAUUGACUCCGAGCCAAGCGUCCUUGGUAGGACUGCCAGUUGGAACAAGCAGCCUCCAAAGGCGAAUAUGCGAGUUCCAGGAAGCAGUUCAGAAGUGGAAGAUGCGAUUGCUAAAACAGAAAAUUUAUUUGCCUAA